AUGACGUCAAGUUUCCAUGGCAACCUCAAUGUGCUUUCCACCGGAAAUGCCCUCGUAAUGGGCCACAAGGACUUGGGACUAGGAAUUUUGCCCUUCUUCAUGGGUACUCACUUAGCACAAUUUUUUAUUUUGGAUUUGGUUGGUGGUGAUGGUGAAGACAAAUAUGAUAAAAAUGAAAUUCUGCAUCUGAGGCCAAAAAUGUUGACCAAGAAGAGAGGAAAGGAAAUGAUUCAUCCAGGAUUUAUUCAUUCCAUCAAAGUAAAGGCUCAGGCACUGCGAUUAAGUCUGGCUCCAAAGUCAGUGAAACUCUACAGCAAAAAUGAAGAAAUAUCUUGGAAAAAAGGAAAGAUGGUAAAUGAAGAAAAGCCGCAGGGUGGAAAACCAGAAGGGGCUUGUAUUCUGGAAGACAAAAGUGAAACUAGGGCUGCAAGAAAGCGCCCAGCUGAGGAUGACAUACCCAGGAAAGCCAAAAGGAAAACCAACAAGGGGCUGGUUCAGUAUCUCAAGGACUAUAAAGAGGCCAUACACGAUAUGAAUCUCAGCAAUGAGGAUAUGAUAAGAGAAUUUGACAAUAUGGCAAAGGUAAAGGAUGACAGGAGACAAAUCAGGCUGAAAUUAGGGGGCUUGUUUUGGAUGCAAAGAAAUCUAAAACCCCUUCUAACUAAGGGGCCCAAGGGAAUUCGGGGAGGGGGCUGCAGGGCACCCAGAAGGGGCACUGAAGACAUUCCUUAUGUAUAG